AUUUUGUACUCCAACCAAAAGCACCCACAAUCUCAGUUCCUCCCGGCAAAACCUUCAAUCGCACUCCCCACAGAAAUGGAACACUGUGCUCUCUGCAUCCCUUCCCUAUUCUGCUUGAUUCUCGUUGUUUCGAGUUCUUCGCCGCCGCAGUGGAAAUCCUUUCCAAAUCCAAGGCCUAGCGGUGCGAGUAAGGCUCCGAUUCCGAAGAGCUCAACUGCACUCGUAUCGUCCUCAACAUGGCGGCUCCCAGCGGCGCCUCGAUCGAUGUUCUGAACUGUGGGAAUUUUGACUGGUUUCGGUUUGUUAAGAGUGGGAGAGAGUCGUCGAUCGUCGCUGAAAUCGUAGAGGUGGAGGAGAAUUCCACUGAUUACAUGCAAACACUGCGAAGGCCGCCUGUGAUAACGAUCCACAGAUCUCCUGCUUAUGCCAUUUACCAGCUGAUACAUAAUAUUCGGGUAAUGAUGUUGCUUAUAGACCUGUCAGAGUAUUCUGUCAAGACGCGAAAAUGCGAGCCAGAUGCGUUGAAGGAAUGUGUAAGGCAUGAUGAGAUUGGUCAUGUUAUUGAGCAUUCAGAGCCACUAUGUUGUCCUUCUGGUCGCUGUAGGUUCCUUGUUUUUGGAAUUGGUCAGAGGUCAGUUGGAUUUAGUAUUCAAAUUGAAGUGAAGGUGGGAUCCAAGGUCUCGGAAGUGAUCUUGGGCCCUAUAAACAGAACAGCUACAUCGGAGGACAAGUUUCUAAGGGUUAUUCUAUUUGGAGAUUUUGUUGGAUACUCUAGCAUUCCUUCCUUUGAAGACCUUUACCUCGUGCUUCCAUGACAGGAGCCCAGGGAAAAUUGUGGGGUUACAGUUCCCACAUUUGAAGCCCUAACUUAGUUCGCAACUGCUAUAGUUACCGCUAAGAAUACAGGGAAAGUGGAAACAUCAUACAGUUUAGCGCAUUCCUUCUUUGAAGACAUUUACCUCGUGCUUCCAUGACAGGUAUUCAUUCUUGCUUGGCUUCACUUGAAUUGUCCAGGGAAAUAGAAAGCAAGGGCAGCCAGCUAGAUCAGAUGAAUAGUCCAGAGUUAAAGAGAAGAAAGGCUGAUCAAAACCGAAAAUCUAGGAAGCAGCAACCUUUAUAUCUUGUUGAAGGAAAGGUAUAAAGGGUGAAUGAGCAUCCAGAAUCCCAGGGGUAACUGUAGGGGUCACAGUUCCCACAUUUGAAGCCCUAACUCAAUUUAGAACUGUUAGAAUUAUUGCUAAGAAUACCGGGAUUGUGGAAGCAUCAUAAAGUUUAACGCAAACUUGCACCAUCCUGAAUUGAAAUCCUCAAUCAAUACGUUCCCAACUAGACUGGGUCAAUUUAAUCGCAUGUUAUUUUUCUCCUGGUCUAGUAAGUAGCUGGUUUGAGAUAACCUGAUUGCUGCUUUGACAAAUUGCUCCAUCUUGUAGUUUGGCUGCUUGAAAGGCGUUUCCCUUAUUGAGGAGGAAUUCUUCAUCAUGAAACCAAAUGAAGUCGCUACUCAAUGAUUUAAACUAUACCCAACAAUUGAUCAAGCUGCAAGUUAUGCAUGCUCAGCUAUUCUGAAGCACUCUAAUUUCAAUCAAGUGGACCGAGCCGAUUGCCAAUUUUAUAUGACAGCUACUACUAUAGACAAUGGGUCUCAGCCUCUCAGAUUGGUCCCUUCAUACCACCAAAUACAGAACGGAAUCGGUUCCCGGAGUCUAUUAAAAGCAUGCGGAACAAACUGUGGGAUGGUUUGUUAGACUUCAUCAUGGGAAGAACUUGCAGUUCUUGUGCUAAUCUGGCUUCUACAUCAAAAAGGUUUCUUUGAUCCUCUUUAUGAUUGGUCGGAAGAUCAUCUUGGGCAUGAGAAGCACCAGACAAUAAAUGUGCAAUCAUUCCUAUAUCUAAGGCUUUAAGGGACAGCAAUUGGCUUUGCCUGCGCUUGUUGUUGUGGGACGUUACUGUUUCUAGGUAUCUCCAAUGAGUUUACAGCUGCUUCAGUUCGUCAUAUGUAUAUGCUGUAAUCUGAAACCUUUCAUCAAGCUACUGAUCCUUUUCAACUGAGAAGUGUCAUCGGAUUCAAUCUGAGGUUAGCAUGCAGGUGCUCAUAAGUUCUCCAUCGUAAUAACUGAGGUUCUUACCACAAACCUAUUGAUAAAUUAAGAGCAGAUGACAUAGAAUUUGUCUACGAAAGUGCUUGUGCUGAUAUGGCUUUCACAUCAAAAAGGUUCAUCAUGGGCAUGAGCUGCAUCGGACCAGAAAUAUGCAUAGACGCUACAGUCAUGUUGAGAAACACCAUGAUCAUACACAUUUAGAGAUCAGCUUUUAGGAAUGUGGAAUGGCAAGGGACGCGGUACUUUGACGGCUUGACAAAUGGUGAAAUAUAUGAUCACCCAGCUCAAUUUGCCAUCUUGAUCAGAGAAAAUAGUUGGACUUGAUUGAAUCUUACUCGAAGUCUAGAACGGAUGAUGGCAGAAUAACUUUACCGUCACAUUUUGCCUCCUUUGUCUUCUGAAACACCAUUGCACUCAGAGGCAAGAAAUUAACUGAGCAUCAACACACUUCAGGGCAUUUGGCGGUGGCGUGAGAUUUUGUGUUGGUACAGAAUUUACUAAUGUCCAGAUUGCAACUCUUCUACACUACUUGAUCACAAAGUACAGGAUAAUGGCGGUCUGCCUAGAGAACCAGAAUUACAAGAAUUUUUGUCCAUGGCUUCUUAACGGUAUGGUGGUUGAACCAACGGGCAUAGCGGUGGUUGAACCGACUUUAACCUUGACCAGUGAGACUAUUUGUCCAUGAGAGGAGAAGAAGGGUUGGUUGGAACCUUGACUCUUGGAUUGGUGGGCCGCGAGAAUUUCCGGACCUUGUUCAACUGGUUUGGCCAGAGAAAAGUUAUUAAAGCAUACUUGAUAAACAUGCACCAAUUUGAAGACUGGGAGGAUUUUAUGCAACACCAUAUCAUCUUAUU